GGGGACGAUCCCAAACCCAGCUCAUUAGUGCCCUAAUCGUUCCCAGCCGGUGAGAGUGUCCGCUGGUUCCAAUGAGAGAACUCAGCCGUAACUCGGGACGUGCAUUUUAUAACCCGGGCUGACCAUCGUCUCCACAUGCGCUGACACGUCUCCAGACAUUACGCACAUCCCCUCGGCUGGUUUGACACAUUGCGAGUUCACGAGACGCGCGGACGGAGAGGGAAGAUGUUGCUGAAGGAGUACAGGAUAUGCAUGCCUCUCACAGUCGAGGAGUACCGGAUUGGGCAGCUGUACAUGAUCAGUAAACACAGCCACGAGCAGAGUGAUCGAGGGGAAGGAGUGGAGGUUGUCCAGAACGAGCCGUUUGAAGACCCGGCGCACGGCCAAGGACAGUUCACCGAGAAAAGAGUCUACCUCAACAGUAAAUUACCCAACUGGGCUCAAGCAGUGGUUCCCAAAAUCUUCUACGUGACGGAGAAAGCGUGGAACUACUACCCGUACACCAAAACAGAAUAUACAUGCUCCUUCUUGCCCAAGUUCUCCAUCCACAUAGAGACAAAAUAUGAGGACAACAAAGGAUGCAAUGACAAUAUCUUUGACAACGAGCUGAAGGAGCAGGAGAGGGAGGUGUGUUUCGUCGACAUCGCCUACGAUGAGAUCCCCGAGCGCUACUAUAAAGAGUCUGAGGACUUGCGCUAUUUUAAGUCGGAUAAGACGUCGCGGGGGAUUCUUCAGGAGGGCUGGAGAGACACCCAGGACCCCAUCAUGUGCUCAUACAAACUGGUCACCGUCAAGUUUGAGGUGUGGGGUUUGCAGACCCGUGUGGAGCAGUACGUACACAAGGUGGUUCGGGAUGUGCUGCUGCUGGGACAUAGACAGGCAUUUGCUUGGGUGGAUGAGUGGAUUGACAUGACGAUGGAUGAGGUGAGAGAGUUUGAGCGCACCAUCCAGGAGGCCACCAACCAGAAGAUAGGGAUUUUUCCGCCGUCGAUCUCAAUCAGCGAGACGCCCCUGUCUUCCUGUUCCCUCAGCGCCCCCACCACCCCCAUGUCCACUGAUGCGCCUGAGUCCCUCUCUGUCGCCAAGGACCGACCCCGCAAAAAGUCUGCUCCAGAAGCCCUCACCCUUCCUGACCCUGCCACAACUGGUGUUCCCCAGGGCACUUCCAUGAGCCCACUUCCCAUUUCAAACCACCUCCAAUCAUCCACACCACCCGCCUCCAACACUGAUAUUGCUGAGAUGGACAAGCAGUAGAGGGACCUCGGGAUGUCUUCCCCCAACCCCCAUUGUCUUAGUAGCCCAACGAGACUAGCCUAACCUCCAAACACCAGUGGCCAGACAUUCAAGUUAUCUAGCCAUAUCUAAUGAUUUGCCAUAAACCUGGACACAAGUCAUGAUCACCAUUGAAGUCUACAUCGGUGUCACUGAUGCCUUCCAGGCAGCUGUAGGUUUAGCCACCUUGUUGUGGUUGGCCUGUGAGUCUAGCCAGCCACAUGUCUCAUCUAAUAUAACAACCACCUGUGAUGUCCAAUCAAAACAAAGUGCAUCUUUAGUUAUUUUUUUGUUGAGCAGCAUAUGAAUACCUUUUUUUUUGAGCGUUUUCUUCAAUCAGACAAGUCGAUUGCUUUCAAGCUGUUGAACUAAGAAGUAGUUGCCUUAGCACCACAGAGCCGGUGGUGUUUAUUAGUUUUGACAAUGUGUGCGAAUGAAUGCCUGAGAAACAUUGUCCUUUGUAAAAUGGUUGUAUUUACUGAAUUAGAACUUGCUGACACAAACUACAGUAGAACUAUAUUAGACUAACACACACCAGAAGGACAGCCAAGUACCCUCAGAACAGAGCUUAGUGACCGUUUCCUGAGCAGGCCUGUGGAUCAGAUUGCACUCAUCCUUUCAAUCCCAAACUCCAAUUAUACAACGGAUGCAAGAUCAGUACAAUCAUAGUUUACGCCUCAGGUCUCCCAGACUCUGCCUGGCUCACACUAAAGGCAGGGAUGUUACUGUACCGUUCUCUCCCUACUUAUUGCCAAACAGACACAUUUUAUACCUCCACAGAUAUUACAAUACAGCAACUAUUGUUUGUACUGUACCAGUCUACUUAACCCUUGGAAUGUUUACACAUCAGAAACCUUGGAGCGUUUGCGUAACGGCAGUAAUGUUGUAACUUAAGCUGUUGUAUCUGCACUUGCGGUUUUAGCAUGAUGAUGAAGAUCUGAUUCUAAAAUGGAAUACGUUGGAAGUUUAUUACUGCAUAUAUCUUACUCAAGUUGACUGAGAGGUCGGUACAAAAACACCUACAGUGAAAUGUUGCCUGAAACUAAUGCUGGACAAUUUCAUCAAAAUCAGUAAAUUAUGUAGGAACAAGGCCAUUUGGGUAGUUGUUAAACAUUUGCUGAUCUUUGAGCACAUGGAGAUUAUGACUACCCAAAGCUUGAUUUGAGGGUACAUGCAUCAAGCUGACUUGAGAAUGUGCUUUGUUGGCUGCAUAGCAUUUGCAGAACUGCUGAUACUUUUUAUUUUGCCAGUGCUGGUUGGUUACGCUUUGGUGGGCGUGGAAAAGGGGAAAUCCUUUGCAGUGCCGGUUGUCAUUUGUGCUGGGCUUGUACCGCUAAUUACCAUCUAAAACAUUUUUAAGGAGAAACGAAUGCAUAAGGACAGCAACUUAUUCUUUGAACCCCCUUUUUUCACACUAUUAAAGGGUUUUACAUGCUGCAUGGAAUGUUCACAACAUAUAUACAUAUUGUGUAAAGUAUAUACUGUAAAUGAAUGGAUUGGUACAGUAUAUUUGGUGAUGCAACUGUAUGGGGGGGAAAAAGUGAACCAACUUUACUAAUUUUGUAUAAUGGAAAAAGCUGAUUUUGAGUGAAACGUAAGCAUGCCCAGAGAAUAUAGGCCUUUUUCAACUCCGUGCCUCUGCAUGCAACUGUUGUGUCAUCGCCUACCAGUGAGUAAACCAAAAUCUCUUAUUUCAUCUACAGAAACAAAAAAUGUCAUUGCAUUCCUUUGCCUGUUUCUAAUCUCAAAUGUUGCAUUUAACCAAUAAUAGAAAUGAGCUACAGCUCCACAGUACAGUUGCUAAACUACAAGAUUCAGAUCAAAUCUAUCGUAUCAAAGUACAUCAUCAGACUUAAGUAUCAGGGUUAACAUUUUUUUUUAAUUUUAGGAAAUUGGAGCAUUUUUUUCCCCUUUUCAUAUCAAAUGACUUCUAACCUUACAGCGCAAAUGCAUUUUGCACUUUCCAGUCUUUCACCUUAUUUGACGAUGAAGAAAUGUUACAUAACAGUCUUGUUGGACCAAAGUCCUGUAAUGCAGCAUAGUGACUUCGAAGAGCUGUUCCAGAAGAGUCCUUAGUGGUCUUGCCAUUAAAAAAAUGUUAAUAUUUUGUACAGUUUCUCACUUGCUUUUGUUAAAAAAAAAAACAGCUGUAGCGAUUCAUCUGUAGCUUUUGUCUUUGCUCUUUGAGGAUAAAAAUGUUAUCGGCCCUCUGUAUUGAUUUAUUAUGUACAGGUCAAACAUACAACUCUGAUAUGGACCAUCUCUUUUGUCAGGAAUACAGAGAUCCAGGGAUAUGUUUGAUCUACCAUUGACUAUUAAACAUAAUGCACAUAAUGUCCAAUCGUGUGACAUUAAGCUGUGCUCUGUUUAAAAGAGUAACGUAUUGUAAAUACUAUAGUUCGUGACUGAUGUGGUUUCUUACAUUGAAACUUGUUUCAAGUUGCAUUACUGAUGCUCAAAGAUUUCACAUAGACAGAGAAGGAUAUUAAGUGUUUGUGCGAUAAGGAUGAAGUCUUCAGAUGUAAAUUAAAAGUUUGUUUAAAUCUAGGAAUAAUGUCUUUAUCUAUGAAGUCGUUGUCAUCUAUUGAGGAUACUGAAUUUCGUCGAGUUUAUUCUUGUCAAUCGAGUAUUAAGAAUCCUCAUAGUGGUGCACUUUUGACUCUUCUGUUGCUUUUGGUGACCAUGCAGGGCAAAAUAGUAUGUACACGUAAACUAAAUGAAGCUUUUCUUUUAGUGGGGUAGCUGCUUUCUCAUUACUUGCCAUGGUAAUUAAGAGGUGAUUUAAUUUUCUGUUAUUCUUUGUAGUAAAUCUGCUGUACUUUAAAUUUGUGGUUGCUGUAUUGUUUGAAGGAAAAUCUUAAUUAGUUAUUAUUAUUCUUUGGAUUAAAGGCCCAAGCUUUUUGCUCCCUCCCCUCUAUUGCAGUUUGCAUUUUGCAUUUGGCCAGGCUGUUUCACUGCUUUACUGUCUCCUGAUAACUGGGCCCUGUCCCACCGACCUGGAUCACUGAGUUAGCCGUACUGAACUGCUGAGUGACACCAGUGACCGCCCAGUGUAUUUCACUCGGUGUUGUAGAUCAGAUGCGGUUCUGGCUUUCUACAUGAAUCCUUCCUCGUGAAACCGGUCCUAAGCGUGCCAUUCGUGUUCGGCUGCUGGAAGUCACUCUCAGUUCUUCCACUUUAUCUAUUGUGUGUUCUAUUUUUAGUUCCCUUUGAGGUUCAUUUGGUUCUUUGUUGUAAUUGUUUACUUUUGCUGAAACAGAAAAAUAAACUUUACUAGCUAUUA